AAAUUAUUUAAAAAUGACGCCAAUCAAAUUAUCCACUGUACAUUCUUGGAGAAUCUCUGGUUCGUGUUGUAUCGUGUUCUUCAUAUUUUGGACAAAUGCUGUCACAAUUAUUGCCGAUAAUCAUCAAAAUGAAAUUGGUGGUGCCUCUCAGAUAGAAGGAUUGAAAACCGAUACAGUUCUAACAACUAAAGAAAAACGAUCUGCAGAAUUCUUACCGGAAAGUAAAGAAUAUGGAGAAGAAUUGUAUAAUAAAGACAGUACGUCGUUUAUGCCUUUGAGAGGUAAAAAAAACGAUGUAUAUCAAAAAGACGUGAUUAUUGAUAAUGCAGGAGUUUAUGGUGAUGAUAAAGGAGAUUUAAUUAUAGGAAACAAGCCCGGAGAUAUCAAUAUGGAAGAAAAGAGAGCAUUCUAUGCCAUGAGAGGUAAAAAGGAUGAUUUUAAGAGGUCAUUUUUCGCAGGUACGGAUAACGACAAGAAGGAUUUCAAUAAGCAUGAUACCGAAGAAAAAAGAGCAUUCUAUGCGAUGAGAGGAAAGAAAGAUCUGAAUGACGAAUUCGAUGAGGAUAAGAGAGCAUUCUAUGCUAUGAGAGGUAAAAAAGAUGAUUUAAAAAGAGCUUUCUACGCUAUGAGGGGGAAGAAAGAUUUAGAUGAAUUGGAACAGGAUAAGAGAGCCUUUUACGCAAUGAGAGGUAAAAAGGAUGAUUUUAAUAAAAGAGCAUUCUAUGCCAUGAGAGGUAAGAAAGAUGACAAGGAUGAAGAUAAGAGAGCUUUUUAUGCUAUGAGAGGAAAAAAAGAUUAUUAUGAUGAAAACAAAAGGGCGUUUUAUGCAAUGAGAGGUAAAAAAGACGUAGAUGAUUUUAUCGAUGAUAUGAGACACGCUUACAUUCUUCAUCAAGAUGAUGAAUUGGAUGAUGAAAUUAAAAGGGCAGCAUUGAUACCAAUGAGAGGAAAAAGAAAUGCUCAUCAUUUGGAUCUAAAAGAAACACCAGUUCUGAAGAAAAGAGGUAAAUUUUUUGCAAGUCGAGGUUAGUUCUGAUUUGGUAAAACUUCACUUGUAGUUCAUCAUUUUGUGAAUAAUUCUGUUAAUAAUUUUUGAUUCUGUUACACCGCUACAUUAAUUUGUUGUUAUUACAUAAAAAAAUGCUCUCUAGUAGAGAAAGAACAAAAAGUGAAUGUAUAGUUCAGUAUAAAUAAAACAUGC